CCUUCAAACCUCCCCAUGAGCCUUUGCGAGUCCUCUUUCAAGCCGGCGCCUGAGAAUGGGUACGUGUUGUCAUGCUCGGGUUGGAGGGAGAAUCUUCGUCCAUCUGAUGUUUUAACGAAGGAAUAUUGUAUCUCGAGAGACCACUGGCAUAAACGCCGCAAGACUGGUGGGAAGCGCAAGCCCUACCACAAGAAAAGGAAGUAUGAGCUUGGGCGCCCUCCUGCUAACACAAAGAUCGGACCUCGUCGUAUCCACACAGUGCGGGUCCGUGGUGGAAACAAGAAAUAUCGUGCUCUUAGGCUGGAUGUCGGUAACUUCUCUUGGGGCUCUGAGUGCUGCACAAGGAAGACCAGGAUCAUUGAUGUUGUCUACAAUGCCUCCAACAAUGAGCUGGUUAGAACCAAGACCUUGGUGAAGAACUGCAUUGUCCUCAUUGACAGUCUGCCCUUCAGGCAGUGGUAUGAGGCCCACUACGCCACUCCUCUGGGACGCAAGAAGGGAGCCAAGCUGACCCCUGAAGAGGAAGAUGUCCUGAAUAGAAAGCGGUCAAAGAAGACUCAGAAAAAAUACGAAGAACGUAAAAAGAACGCAAAGAUCAGCACCCUCCUGGAGGAACAGUUCCUGCAGGGAAAACUGCUUGCUUGCAUCGCCUCCAGACCCGGCCAGUGUGGCAGAGCAGACGGCUACAUCCUGGAGGGCAAAGAGCUUGAGUUCUACCUGAGGAAGAUCAAGGCCAAGAAAGGCAAAUAGAUGUACAGCUGUUUGAUACGACAAUAAAAUCCAAUCGUCCCACA